AUGUCUAACUUACAAAAUGUCCGACCCAUGUUCGAUCUCAAGGGCCGCAGCUAUAUAGUCACGGGCGGCGCCCAAGGCAUCGGAUUUGCAGUAACUCGCGCGAUCGCUGAAAUGGGUGGAAAUGUUGCAGUCCUAGAUAUACAAGAUUCACCAGUUCCAGAGUUCCACUCACUGAGUCAAAAAUUCGGAACACGGCUACUUUACAUCAAGACCGACGUGCGAAUUGAGGCCAGCAUCUUUGAAGCUUUCGCGAAGGUAGAGGAAACCUUCAAAACGAUCGAUGGAUUGGUUCCUGCUGCUGGUAUUGCAAUUGACAAGCCAUUUAUCGAGCAAACUUGGGAUGAGUUCACAAGAAUCAAUGAAAUCAACGUCCGAGGAACCUUUUUCAUCUGUCAAAUGCUUACGAAGCACCUUAUCAAGCAAGGUAGACCGGGAAGCAUGGUCCUCAUUGCUUCUCAAUCCGCUCACAUCGCGCUGCCGGGGUACAGAAUGGCUGUAUACAACGCUUCCAAGGGUGCCGUUUUGAUGUUCUCUAAAGCAUUGGCCGUCGAAUUGGCACCGUAUAACAUCCGGGUCAAUACAAUUUCUCCCGGAUUUGUGGACUCGGACAUGACUCGCAACGUACGUGCAAGCAAAAGCAAAAUGGAAGGUCAACAAAUGUGGCUUGCGCCCCCAAUGCGUCGCCUGAGUACUCAAAAUGACUUAACUGGAGCUGUUAUCUACCUGCUCAGUGACGCCGCCCAGUUCACUACAGCUGCUGAUAUUCCCAUCACUGGUGGCUUACACGUUGGAACCAUAGACGGCCUGAUUGCAUACGAGGAGAGGUAA